AUGCGUUUUCCUCGCGGUUCAUGUUUGGGACGAUGGCUAAAAGGGCAAAGAAGUUUCUGUUCCAUCGUUGGAGAUUUGACGACAUAUCGGGAGCUGUCCCCUGAAAUGAAACAUCAGAUGGAACAGAAGUGGCACAACAAGCUAGGAGAUUAUCGCUUUGACCCAUUUGACACGACCAAGCCCAAACGUUACGUGCUCGCAAUGUUUCCGUACCCUUCCGGCAACCUGCACAUGGGUCACGUCCGCGUGUACACAAUUAGUGACGCAAUGGCGCGGUUUUACCGGCUCAAAGGUGCUAACGUACUGCAUCCGAUGGGUUGGGAUGCGUUCGGUUUGCCGGCGGAAAACGCUGCCAUACAGCGACGAAUUCCAGCCGACACGUGGACCCACCGGAACAUAGGGGAGAUGCGCAAACAGCUUGAAAUGUUGGCCUUCAGUUUCGAUUGGGAGCGUGAAUUUGCUACCUGUGAGCCGGAAUACUAUCGCUGGACCCAGCAACUGUUUUUGAUGUUGGUCAAGGAUGGGCUAGCAUACCAACGGGAAGCGCUUGUAAAUUGGGAUCCUGUCGAUGAGACGGUGCUGGCUGACGAACAGGUCGACGAUAACGGAUGCUCUUGGCGUUCCGGGGCAAAGGUCGAGAAAAAGGUGCUUCGUCAAUGGUUCGUCAGGACGACAGCAUUUGCCAAACAGUUGCUGGAGGGUUUAAGUGAUCCUGAACUGGAAGAUUGGAAGGAUAUCAUAAAGUUGCAGCGUCACUGGAUCGGCGAAUGUGAAGGCUAUUCGUUUGAGUUCCCUCUAGUUGGAGAUCAUAAAAUGAAAAGUGUUCCCGUGUGGACUCGUGAUCCGGUAGAGUUAAAAAAAGCCCUGUUCAUAGCUAUCCAUCCCACCAAUCUGUUGAACGAUGCCAAAAAGAAUGAAUGUCUGCUGGAGAGUGUCAUCGUAAAAAAUCCUUUUACCGAAGAGAUGCUUCCGGUGAUAGUAACGGAAGCGGUUCCCUUUCCAGAGGGAUGUGACACUUAUCUAGCCGUUGAUAGUGAACAGAAUCGUAAACUAGCGGUAAAAAGUGGUUUAAAUUUAGAUUUAGCACCAAACAGAGACGAAGAAAAGGAAACUGCCGUCAAGGAAAUACUUGAACAAGGUAUCGGUCAAGGAAUCGGUGGCCACCCGGUUAGUUCAAAGUUACGCGAUUGGCUCAUUUCCCGUCAACGGUUUUGGGGUACACCGAUACCGAUUAUUCAUUGUCCCAGUUGCGGGACGGUACCAGUACCGGAACAAGACCUUCCCGUACAAUUGCCAACCGAUUCUGUUGGAGUUCCGCUGGCGCAGAAUGAACAAUGGCUAAGGGUAAAUUGUCCCUCCUGUCAGCGUACGGACUGUCGUCGGGAAUCUGACACCAUGGACACGUUCGUCGAUAGUUCUUGGUACUUUUUGCGUUUCAUCGAUGCCCACAACAAGAAGCAGAUGUUCGAUCGUACCCUCGCUCAUCGCUUAAUGCCAGUGGAUCUUUACGUUGGUGGCAAGGAACAUGCCGUGCUGCACCUCUACUAUGCACGGUUUGUGGCCCACUAUCUGCACAGUAAAGGACUUCUACCCACACCGGAACCGUUUAAGCGGUUGCUCGUUCAGGGCAUGGUGAUGGGCCGCUCGUAUCGUGUGGUUAACAAUGGGAAAUACAUUCCAGCAGAGGAGGUAGAAGUGUUGGAUGAAAAGCACAGCAAAGCGAUCGAACGGGCGACAGGCGAACCGGUUACAAUGCUGUGGGAAAAGAUGUCCAAAUCGAAGCUAAAUGGUGUCGAUCCGUUGGAAGUUUUGAGAGAGCAUGGAUGUGACACGUUACGACUGAUCCUGUUAGCUGAUGUAGCACCAACUUCCCAUCGUAACUGGUCCGAAGCGACUUUCCCGGGCAUCUUAAACUGGCAAAAGCGACUCUGGAUGACGAUGCACGACUUUCGGGAGCUUCGUGCAAAAGUCAAUCCCGAAUCUGCCGAACCCCCUGCAACGGAAGAGUUCACGGAACAGGAACACAAAUUGUGGGACGCUCGUAAUUAUUUUACGGCCGGCGCUACCUUCAACUACCGACAUUCGCACCAGCUAAGUGUGGGCAUUUCGAAGAUGCAAGGUCUUACGAACGCUAUUCGACGCGCUCCACCAGAUGUGGUUACGUUCGGGCGACAGUACGAGCGUGCACUUGCCGCCCAGAUCGUUAUGCUCGCCCCAAUGGCACCGCAUUUCGCAGCGGAACUUUGGCACCAGCUCGUUACUGCGCCGCAUCGAGUGGAAGAGCGAGAUGCAUCAAGCGGUUGCGUACUGCAAUGGGAUGGUACGGUGUUCGACCAGCGUUGGCCAGAGAUAGACGAAGAUUUCCCACUUGAUCUUACCUUUAAGAUAAAUGGUGCCGAAUGUUGCAUACUCAAAAUCCCGGCCAAGCGCUUCAAUCAGCUAACGCACCAGGAAUCGCUCGAUUUAGCACUACGUCAGGAACCUAUAGUAAAGUUGAUUGGAAAUCGGCCACUCCGGACGAGCGAUUUCGUGCUAUAUCCCAGCUGCGAAGCAGCACUCAAUGUAGAUCUCGAUCGUGCCAUCCUCGCGGAGGGACAAGACGACCAGGAUGCGACCAAGAGUAAAAAGGAAAAGAAAGAUAAGAAGUUGAAGAAGAAAAAGUCGCUACAAGUGCUUCACAUUGGGUGA